UACCACAGGGAUUACAUAUUGGAAGACAUGGAUUUUGCUGCUAACGAGCUCAGCAUUUAUGACAAACUCUCAGAGACUGUUGAAUGGGUGCGACAGACCGGCCAUCAGUGUGGCAUGUCAGAGAAGGCCAUCGAGAAGUUCAUUAGGCAGCUGCUAGAAAAGAACGAGCCCCAGAGGGGGCCACCUCAGUACCCUGUGCUCAUCACUGUGUGUAAGGUGCUCCUCGCACUGGGCUUAGUGCUGCUUGCCACCUGCUUCGCCAUCCAGCCUUUCAGCCCGCUGGCGCCGGAGCCCACGCUCUCUGGGGCUCAUGCCUGGCGCGCGCUCAUCCGCCACAUCCGCCUCCUGUCCCUACCCAUCACCAAGAAAUACCUUCCUGAGAGCAAGGGUGCAGCUCUGCCCGCGACGGAGGAGGACAGGCGCUUGGCAGAUCUCGACCCCUGGUGGCCCUACAGUGGGGAGCAGAAUGCCUCGGAGCCGGUCCCUGCCGACUGCAUCGUCUGUGCCCACUCUCUGCCCCUGGAGGUGAUGCUCCCGGAGGAUGCCCCAAGGAUGUUCGACCAUCUCCGGCAGCUGGUGAUCAAGACUGGACAGCCGCUGCGGAAGGAAGAGAUCCAGCGCUUCCUAUGCCAGUACCCCGAGGCUGCGGAAGGCUUCCCUGAAGGGGUUUUCGCCAAGUGGCAGCGCUGCUUUCCAGAGCGGUGGUUCCCAUUUCCUUACCCAUGGAGGAGACCUCUGAACAGAUCACAAAUUUUACAUGAACUUUUUCCUGUUUUUACACAUCUCUCAUUCCCAAAAGCUGCCUCCUUAAAAAAGUGCUUCCUUCUUCAUCCGGAACCUGUUGUGGGGAGUAAGAUGCAUGAGGUGCAUGACCUGUUCGCGGUCGGCAGCGGUGAGGCCAUGCUGCAGCUCAUCCCUCCUUUCCACUGCCGAAGACACUGUCAGUCUGUGGCCAUGCCUGUGGAGGCCGGGGACAUUGGCUAUGCCAGCGCCACCCACUGGAAGGCCUACAUCAUAGCCAGAGGAACCCAGCCUUUGGUCUUCUGCGAUGGAACCACGCUCUCAGAACUAUAGGCAACAGAGCUACCUAUGAGAACACUUCUGAGACCCACCGGAAAGCCAGGUGGAAAGAGGGGAAAUAAAAACAGAAACAAUGAAACCA